AUGGCAGGGCCGACCUCACCGGGCACCGAGGGCCCCACGUUCGCCCCGCCUCAUCUACCUGCUGGCUGGAUUGCCCAGUGGGAUGGUUCGAGCAAGAAGUACUACUUCGUGCAGCUUUCCACCGGCGUAUCGCAAUGGGAGACACCGACCGAUGCCGCGCCCACGGGCGCGACGCCUGCUCAGCCCUCCGAUCAUCCUUACGGCGUUCCGCAGCCUGAGGUCAUCACUCAUCCCGACGGCAGCCAGACGGUGCGCCAUGCCGACGGCACCCUCGAACCCGUCAACCCCUCUUUGCCUCCCGACACUACGAGCACGAGGGGUAUCGAUGGCCCGACGGGAGACCGCGGACUUGGAAGCAUGGCUAUGAACGCGCUUCUCGGAGGCAAGAACUCGAACCACGGCUCCUCUUCAGGUAAUAACAGCAGCUCGAGCCCUCUCGGCGGCCUCGCCAGUCAGUUGAUGAGCGGCAUCGGCGGACACGGUAACGGCCAAGGAGGUGGUAGCGGCGGAGGCAAGAGUUCUUUGGGCAAGAUUGGCAGCUCUUUGGCUUCAAGCUUGCUUUCGAGUGGAAACAAACCGCAACAGGGGCAACAGCAAAACUACCAUGGCAACCAGUCCUCAGGCCACCAGCAGCAACAUGGGGGUAUUGCCGGAUCUCUUAUGGGAGGUGUGGCCAACAUGUUCGGUGGCGGCAAGCCAAGUCACGGUGUAUGUCGGAGCGAAUGGCUUUAUUCAGGGCGCAUUACUGACAUCAACUUUCAGGGCAAUGACUUCGGGUACUCCAACAAUGCCUCUGGCGGCGGUGGCGGCGGCUACACCGGCCAGGCUCCUCCCACCUCGUACCAGCCUCCUGGUUCGUCUUCGCACAACCAGCACUCGUCUACGCCAGCAGGUGGCUCCUACCACUCGCCAGCGCCGAACCAGGGCCAGAACCACGGGCAACAGUCAUAUCCUCCGCCGCCUAACCAGUACCCCCCUCCGCCAAACCAGGGCCAACCUCAUCACAACCCUUCGUACGGCGCGCCGCCCCAACAAUCUCACACUCAAUCAUACCCGCCUCCGCCCGCCAGUGGACCUCCUUCGUACGGCCAGCAGCCCAGUUAUGGUGCCCCGCCAAACCAGCAGCACCAACAACAACAGCCACAGUACGGAGGAUAUAACCCUGCAACAUACGGCGGCGGUGCUCCCCAAGGCCCUCAGACCGGAGGCUACCCGGGCCAAGCAUCAUACGGCGGCAACCCGUCUCAGCAGACGCCUAGUUACGGUAACCACUACUGA